AUGUUGCUGCCCGACCAGACGUACGAGGGCGCCUCGGCCCCCGCACUGGCCGCGCUGCUGCGCGCGCAUCGCGUCCGCCCGGACUUCUUCUGCACAUAUCGCUCGCGACAAACGCACAGAUCAUCGACUUUGGGCGAAGAGAAAAAAGAGACGUCGCAGGCGGAGGGCAGCCAGCGCCGGCCGCGGCACCAGCGGCGCAUUCGGGACCAACGACUCGAUAGUAGAAGUCAAAUUAAUGAAGAAGAAGCCGCGCACGACGCGCGUCGCUGCGACAGCGUGCUCAGCGCUGUUGCGGCUUUUAAGUGUGAAGGUUUUGCGGGCGCGUGGCAGAGGAAUCUGUGCGGGGCGGUCGGCGCGGUGGCAGGGGGUGCGCGGGCGCAGGCCGGGGGCGGGGGCCGGGGCGAGGCGAGCCAGUCCGCGGAAAGACGCGUGAGAGAGUGGUCGCCGUUGUCGGCAGAGAGCGGCGCGGCCGCGAAGUGUGAUGCGAGCGCGCCGCCCGCCAUGGCCACGCUCGGCCUGUCCAAGGUGUUCAUCCUCGACAAGUACUUCACUGAGUUGCAAAAGUUCUGGGAGACAGAGAAGAAGCUGCAAGGUGAGCGAGCGCCGACCGCGUCCCGGCCGCCUCUGCGACGCUGCCUCUAUGUAAAGAUAGCCGCUAUAGAUCAGGGCGGCUGCGCCCGCCGCCCGCCGCCGCCCGCGCCGGCGACUAACGGCUCUGCUCAUAGACAGUACGCGGCGCGGGGCUGCGGGCGGGCAGUAGGUGGUAGCGAGCGCGCAAGUGUCGCGCUCGUCGCGGCGACGCCUAAUGAGAACAUUCCUCAACACCUGCCACGCGCGCGAGCGACGCGCGACCGCCGAGCCCGCGCCUCUCGUGCCUGCGCGUUUUUGCGCUGCGCGAUUAGACACUGGUAUGAGUUAAUCAAGACAUUGUCUAGUGCAACGGUGGCUGAGGAGGAAGCGCAGGCGCAGGCGCGGGCACUCGCUACACUGAGUUUGCGUUUCAUCGACCCGACAAAUCCCCACAACUUUCACGAGUCCCUCGCAGAUGGAACCUGCGUAGUAUACGCCUCGUCUUCGAACGAAGCGGUCCACCUCCAGCGGCGGCUGCUGAGCCUCAGCUCGGAGCUGGUCACCCUCCGCAACCACCUGCACGUGGGCGGCGCGGCGGCGGCCGGUAGCGCGGCGGGCGCAGGCGGCGCGGGCGGCGCCGGCGGCACCCCGCAGCCCGCCGUGCCGCCGCGGGCGCCUCUGCCGCCGCCCGCGCCCGCACCCCCCCUGCAGCCGCAUCAUCCCCCACCACCCCCGCCAGAGGUGAGAUGGCGCGGCGCGAGCGCGAGCGUCGCGCCGGCGGGCGCCGCCUCCGACGUCGACGACCUCAUACACCUGCGCGGCCCGCUCACGGAAGACGCCGUGGUCCGCGCGCUGCAAGCUAGGUUCUAUCACAACAAAUACUACACGUCGGUGGGGCCGAUCCUGAUCGCAAUGAACGCGUACACGGACGCGGGCAAUGCGCUGACACCGGGCGCGGCGCGCGCGCAGCGGCCCGAGCUGGCGCGCCUCGUGCACGACGCCGUGCGCCACCAGGCCGACACCGGCUCCCCGCAGGCUAUCAUUUUAUCUGGUGUUUCUGGGUCGGGCAAAACUUACGCGUCGAUGGUGUUGCUCCGGAGACUGUUCGACGUGGCGGGCGGCGGGCCCGAGACCGACGCCUUCAAGCACCUCGCCGCGGCAUUUACGGUGCUGCGCUCGCUGGGCACGGCCGCCACGCAUGCCAAUUCUCAUUCGAGCCGAAUUGGUCAUUUCAUCGAGGUGCAAGUGACGGACGGCGCGCUGUACCGCACCAAGAUCCACUGCUACUUUCUGGACCAGACGCGCGUGGUGCGGCCGCCACCCGGCGAGUGCAACUACCACAUCUUUUACCAGCUGCUGGCGGGCCUCGCGCCCGACGAGCGCGCGCAGCUGCACCUCGACGGGUACACGGCUAAUGACUUGCGAUAUUUGGCGACGUCGCAUCCGCGUCGCCCGGAAGCGGAGGACGGUGCGCGGUUCCUCGCGUGGAAGAGUUGCCUGGGGGUGCUCGGCAUUCCGUUCUUGGACGUCGUCCGCGUGCUGGCCGCCGUUCUGCUGCUCGGCAACGUGCACUUCACCGACAACGCGGAAGGCAUCGCUGAGCCAAACGGAGAGGCGGAGCUGGUGGCGGCGGGCGCGCUGCUGGGCGUGGGCGCGGCGGCGCUGCUGCGCGGGCUGGGCGCGCGCGGAGUGGCGCGGCGGGGGGCGGUGCGCGCGCCCGCCGGCGCCGCCGCCGCCGCGCGCGACGCGCUCGCCAAGGCGCUGUACUGCCGCACCGUGGCCACCAUCGUGCGCCGCGCCAACUCCCUCAAGCGCCUCGGCUCCACCCUCGGAACCCUCUCGUCCGAUUCCAACGAAUCCGACGCAGCGUCGCGGCGCGCGUCGACAGCGGGCGGGGGCGCGCGGGGCCGCGCCGGCGCGCGCUCCAUGGCGGCGCUCAACGACGCCGUGCGGCACGCCACGGACGGCUUCGUGGGCAUACUGGACAUGUUCGGCUUCGAGGACGCCGGGCCCAGCCGCCUCGAGCAUCUGUGCGCUAACCUUUGUGCCGAGACUAUGCAGCACUUUUACAACACGCAUGUUUUCAAGUCAUCGGCCGAGUCGUGUCGGGAGGAGGGCGUGUGCGGCGCGCUGGAGGUGGAGUACGUGGACAACGUGCCGUGCAUCGACCUGGUGUCGUCGCUGCGCACCGGCCUGCUGGCGGCGCUGGACGCCGAGUGCGCCGCGCGCACCUCGCCCGAGCAGUACGUCGUGCGCAUCAAAAAUGCACAUAGAGGCCAUCCCAGAUUGGCGGAGGCGCGGCCGCCGCACCCGCGCCGCUUCGCUGUGCGGCACUACGCAGGCGAGGUCACGUACGACGCGAGCGACUUCCUGGACGCCAACCGCGACGCCGUGCCCGACGAGCUGCUGGCCGCCUUCGACACCAGAACUUGCGAAUUCGGCUUUGCCACGCAUCUAUUCGGAGCUGAACUUAAAGCGCUCGCAGCCGCGGGCGGGCCGUGCGGCGCGCAGUUCCGCGCGGCGCCGACGGCGGCGGCGGCACCCGCGCCCGCCUCCACGCUCACGCAGGACUUCCACACGCGCCUCGACAACCUGCUGCGCACGCUCGUGCACGCGCGCCCGCACUUCGUGCGUUGCUUGCGCGCCAACGCCAACGAGACUCCCAUGCUGUUCGAUCGUGCCACUGUUGCGCGGCAAGUACGUGCUCUACAAAUCCUAGAAACAGUCCAACUAAUGGCCAGCGGAUACCCUCACCGCAUGCGGUUCCGCGCGUUCAGCAGCCGCUACCGCGCACUGUGGCGGCGCGGCGCGGGCGCGGGGGUGGAGCGCGAGUCGGGCGCGGCGUGCGCGCGCGUGCUGCGCUCCGUGGCCGCCGCCGCCGCGCCGCCCGCGCCCGCCUCGCCCGCCGCCGUGCGCUGGGCGCUGGGCAAGCGACACGUCUUCCUCAGCGAGGGCAUGCGGCAGGUGUUGGAACGAAUGCGUCGAGCGCGGCGCCAGGCUGCGGCCGAGCGCAUCCAGGCGGCAUGGCGCGAGCGCCGCGCGCCCCGGACACGCCCCGCGCCGCCCGCGCGCCGCCGCCCCGCGCCGCUAGCCGGCACGCCGCCGCCCGACGCCGCCGACAAGUGCGACCCGCUAAUCGUCAAGAGCACAUGCUCACUUUUCGGCCUAGAUCUAGAGCGCCCGCCGCCGCUGCCGCCGCCGCGCGCCUACACCGUGGCCAACGGCGUGAAGCUGGGCUACCCGCAGCAGCGCACGGUGGCGGCGGACUGGGACGAGGGCGGCGGCGUGCGCCUGCGCGCCGGCGACUGCGUGCUGGCGCUGGGCGCCGCGCGCCGCGGGCACGUCACCGUGCAGGUGUGCGGGCGUACGGUGCCGGUGCCGCACGCCGUGCUGGCGCCGCCGCGCGCGCCGCGCGCCGCGCCGCCGCCGCCGCCGGCGCCCGCC